AUGGAAAUCAAAUUGACUUUUGGAAAGAAUGACACCGUGGAACAAAUGCGGGAAAGUCUGCUUGAAGCACCUGCCUUGGAUAAUCUAGUGUUGGAUGAAUGUCUGUGUAUUGAUGAUAACAGCGUUCUUCAAUUCAUUCACGUCAUAAACCGAAAGCUACGUACGUUGGAGGCACGUAAAUUGUAUAAAUUCACUGAUGCGGCUGUGGAAGUCAUUGCCAAUCGCUGCAAAGAGCUGCAGCAUGUGAAGUUCAUCGGGUGUAAUAAUUUGGGUCAAAAGUCUAUCAUUUCACUGGGGAAGCAUUGUAAAAAGUUGCAGUCAAUUGCCUUCAUAUACGAAAAUGGUACAGAUUGGCCACUAGUUGAUGACGUUCUAAGUGUGCUUGUUGGUCAUUUUACAUCAGAUCUUCUAGCCACAACCUUUGUUGGUUUCAAAGGAAUAACUGAUAUUGGAAUUAGUUAUGUUGCCGAAUGUUUUCAUGAAAGUUUAAACGCAAUCGAUUUUAGUUCAUGUGCUCAUGUGACUGAUGGAAGCCUGAUCGGGCUGGCAACUAACUGUCGGCUUCUUCGCAGUGUGGCAUUCAACAGUACGUCCAUUUCAGACAAAGGUUUGAAAGCUUUAUCAGAAAAGUGUAUAAAUCUACAGCAUGUCGAUGUAGGGAAUUGUGUAAAUGUGACUGAUCAAAGUGUCAAAUAUCUAGCUGAACACUGUACUUUAUUGGAAUUCAUCAGCGUUGAGAACUGCAAACAGAUCACUGAUGCUUCACUACGGGCUUUGACACUUCACUGCGGCCUUCUCCAAAAUGUCAAUUUCCACAACACUGGAGUAAAGAAAAUUCCCAUCACUAUUCUCCGAUUGGCAUUCUUAGUGCAGUUUGAUGUGAAAAUGUGCAAGGAGCUGUCAUUCCCACCCCCUGAGAUUAUUAACAAGGAUGUAGACGGAAUCACUGAUUUCUAUAGGAAAAGGCAUCUUGGAUACCGACUGCGUGUGUUGUUUCUUGGAAACCAGGGAAGCGGAAAAAGUAGUUUGGUGCAGUCAUUAAUCACGGAUACUGCUAAGCUUGUGGAUCACCCCACGGAUGGAGUUAAUGUUGAGUUAUGGAAUCCAUUUCACGGUGUAGCAAACGAAGUACUGCUUGAGAGAGAAUUGAGUCCAGAUGAGAAGAUUCUUGGUCUGGACAUGUGGGACACCUCGGGCAGAACU